AUGAAUAUCUGGCCGACUGCAAACGCAGAACAGAUUUAUUCUUGGUCGGAACCUGCGACCAGGACUGAAUUAAACGACGCGCUUGAAGAAAAGGUUACCAGUACAAAAUGUGUGAAGUUGAACUCGGCCUUGAAUGCAUUGACUGCUUCGCCAGACUACAGUCGUGUUGCCUUUGCUGCCCGUGAAGGGUUGAAAAUAUUAAACAUCAACGAAAAUGAUAACAUGGAAGAGUUGAUUUUUAGAGUUAGCCCUCGGCAUAAAUUUGGAUUGAAUGAUGUAAAAUGGGGCAACGCAGCCACUCGACAGAAAGUAGCAGGCGCAGGCAAUACCGUAAACACUGGCAUCGUAAUAUGGGAUCUUGGCGGAUCAAAACCAAAGGUUGAGAGAAUUAUCACGGAACACACUCAAGUAGUCAAUAAAAUAUGUUUCAAUCCUACAAAUGGCCAUUACCUUCUUAGUGCUUCGCACUCAUCAACUAUGAAGUUAUGGGAUUUAAGAACACGUGAUCAAGCGACCAUGACGUUUGAAGGUAGAUCGGACGCUGUACGUGACGUGCAAUUCAAUAAAUUAAAUUUCAACGAAUUUGUUGCUGCUUUCGAUACUGGGAUAAUUCAAAAAUGGGAUAUAAGAAGGCCAAACAUGUUUGAAAGAAGAAUCAAUGCUCAUCUCGGCGCAGCUCUCGCAGUCGACUGGCAUCCGGAUGGGCAUCAUAUAGCCAGUUGCGGACGCGACAGGAAAAUUAAAGUAUGGAGCGGGCGUAAAAUUGUGCAUUCAUUCUCGACCAUUCAAGGCGUCUCUCAUAUUCAGUGGAGGCCGGAUCAUCCCGAUGAAAUUGCUUCAUGCUCGAUGAGCUCGGAUUGUAGGAUAUUUAUCUGGGAUGUGAGAAAGCCAUAUGUUGCGAGUUGCUUUUUUGAGGAACACGAAGAUACACCGACUGGUUUCUUGUGGAAAGACUCGGACGUCUUGUGGUCUUCGUCGAAAGACAAACUUUUUAUUCAGCAAAAUGUCCGAGUAGCAUACCACACUUCAAAGUUAAUGAGCAAAAGUGCUGUUGGAUGGAACGUAUACGGCGGAAUGGCCUUUGCCUUGGAUAAGACUGCUACCGAAAACAAACCUAAUAUGGCACAUAAUGGGCUAUCUCGGCGUGUAUCAAAGUCUCACUUGUCUGGUUUCGGUGAACCCGACAAAUUAUACCAAAAAGCCGGGAUGUUUAGUUCAGUAUUCGAUCACAAGGCAUUCAGAUAUCUUACCGAUAAGUAUGUGCUUGAAGCGGACAAUAUUGCUGCCGUUUGCGAAGAGAACGCAAAGGCUGCAUUGGAUGUGCAAAGAUAUAAGACAUCACAAACAUGGAAAAUGGUAGGGCUUUUAUUCGGACGGACGACGUCAACCAGAACUGAAGAGAAUGAGAUUCAAGAAAAUAUCGAAGAGGCUCAAGUAGAAGGAAAAGAUAAAGAAGUUAUAGGAGAGCAAAUACAACCGAUCCCGCCUGAUAUUGUAACUGCCGCGCAAACCGAUUCAAAGGAGACUGAGAUUAUAAAUGAAGACGUUGCACUCGACGCUGCAACCGAUGAUCUCAAUCACGACGACUCCGCGUCGGAAUCAGGAGAAAGCGUAGAAUAUUCAAUUGAAAAAGAAAUUAUUCCAGAAGAAAAUCCCCCAUCACCUCCGGUGAGCAAGGUCAAAAUGACAGCUGUUAUAAGGGCUUGGGAUCAUGAGCCUGUGAUACAAAGCGUCCUGGAUUAUUACGCAGAGCAGGCGGAUGUUCAGAUGUGUGUUUCAUUGGUGCUCGUGCUUGGCGAUCGGAUAAACGUCAGUCGGGAACGCAAAGAACCGUGGUUUUGUGCAUAUAUUGAAUUACUUCAGCGGUUUCAGCUUUGGACAGCGGCUGCGACUGUGAUUUCAUUAUGUGAUAUUCCGUCUAUAAGACAAAUGAACCAGGUUUGGAGAUAA